CCCCAUCCCCGUCCCUUCCCCUCCCCGCCCGCCGCCGCCGCCAUGUCGGCGCUGGAGUGGUUCGCGCACAAGCCCCUGGGCGGCGGCAUCUUCUGGAUCCAGGAGCGCUUCUACGAGUCGGGCAACCGGGCCAACAUCUGGCUGGUGCGGGGCUCGCAGCGCGACGUGGUGGUGGACGCCGGGCUGGGGCUGCGCAGCCUGCCCGACUACCUUCGGGCUGCCGGGCUGCUGGAAGGGGCCGGCGGGCGGCCGCUGCUGGCCGUGGCCACCCACGUCCACUUCGACCACGCGGGCGGGCUGCGGCACUUCGAGGAGGUGGCGGUGCACAGCGCCGAGGCGGCCGCGCUGCUCCGCGGCGACAACUACGAGGCCGUCACCUGGCUGUGGGACCGCGAGGUGGCGCGGCCGCCGCGACCCGGAUGGCGGGCACGGCAGUUCCGCGUCCCCCCCGUCAGGCCCAGCCGCCUGCUGCAGGACGGGGAUGUGAUCAGCCUUGGAGACCGACAGCUCACCGUCAUGCACAUGCCUGGCCAUUCCAGAGGAAGUAUUUGCUUACACGACCGAGAGCACAAGAUUUUGUUCAGCGGAGACGUCGUGUACGACGGAUCCAUGAUUGACUGGCUUCCCUACAGCAAAGUAAGUGACUACGUUGCAAGCUGCCAGCGCCUGAUGGAGCUGGUGGACAGAGGUCUGGUGGAGAAGGUACUGCCUGGGCACUUCAACAUAUUCGGAGCAGAAAGGUUGUAUCGCCUAGCUUCCAACUACAUCUCCCAAGCGGGAUUUUGUCACAAAGUGUCUACCUGUGCCAUGAGAUCCCUUGCAAGCAUAGCGCUUCGUGUCACGAAUUCCAGAGGCACUUCUUCCUGAAGGUGCGUUUUGUGUGGUCUGUCCCCUUGUGGAAAACCAAGUGACCUGUGAAAAUGUUGGUGCAAGCAAAAUGCAGUAUUCAUUAGGAAAGAGCUGGCAAAACGAUGUGGAUGAGCUGUAAAAGUUACUGUUUUUGCCAACUCUGUUCCUAUUUUUAUGGAAAAAUGCAUAAGAUAGUAGCUUUGCCAAAGCUGCCAUUUUUCUUUCUAUUUUUUCAGGGCAUGUUUGCACACAUAUUGUGAUUGAAAUAUAUCAUUUUAUUUUUGAUAUGAUUCUAACAGAUAUGUAUAUGCCAAAAUGAGAGGUUUUACAUCCAUGCCUGAAACUUCUUUGAUGUAGCACUAGGAUUGUGGCUGCUCACUCAAAUCCUGCUCAGGUUUUGGCCUGGCACAGCUCAUGCUGAUGCCUGAUUUAUGCUGGGAAUAGCACCAAAACGAGAGCAAUACCAUGGCAGGAUUCAGUGGGCAGAGAGAGAUAAGGUGUAGCCAUUUUCACCUACAGCUUGCUGUCCCCUGCAGCAGUCAUCUCCAGCAUCUUUGCAAAGUAACUGCUUGGCAGUUUGUGCAGAAUCCACUGAUGUAUGGAAACGGUAUAGACCAAAUUUCCAAGCUGGAUGAUAACACCAGCUUAACAAAAACAGCUUUUGAUGUGGAUCCCACAGCAGACAAUACCGGGGCUUUCAUGCUUCCCAGUAGGGUGCAGGGGACACAUGCACCCUGAUGGAGGAGGAAGAAUAAGCCUUGUCACUGCCAGGUAGGGAACUGUUUUGCUAUAGGUGUGCUAGUUAAUGAACUAUCGAAUGCAUGUGUUAUGCUAGUCUGUACAACGUGGAUUGGGCCCUUGCUUGGUGUGUUGUUUUUCCUUAUUUUCUGAUGAGCUUAUAAAAUAAAAGCUUUAAUUACAGACUAGGGUAUUCUCUAAAUCGGAGAGAUCCAAACAGGUGGUUGCAAACGUGAAGGUUUUGUUUGUGUUUAAGUGUAUUUAUGUGUGACUGGAUUGUGACUUGGCUGUGAGCACUCUGUGGGAGGGACAGGGUGGAGGCAAUAACAUCACUUUGCCCCGCUGCAGGUGCUGGAUGAAAACAGCUGGUAUGCUUAUUUCCGCACAGGGAAUGUAUCUGGAGCUGUUUACUGUUUGCUUAUGAAGUGUUUUGGUGCCUAUGAAAAGUAAAGCACUUGAGUCUGUUCCAAAAAAAAAAGCUGAAUGCGUUGAGGAAUGCUAAGUGACAUUGUAACUCGCUUUUGAGUGUGGAAUGUGUGUAGUUUAAAAGCUGUUGAAAUGGUUAAUGUUCAUGUAAUUAUUAUAACAGCCUGUGUACUUAUCUUCUUUAAAAGGACACUGUCUGAUGUUGUUUUUGUAUAUAAACAUAUACUUUCCUAAUAAGAUUGCAAAUGUUUUUCCCAAAUUUUAGUGGAGUUUUACCUUAUCUGUUUGGCUUUCACUCUGCGUGGAAGCUUUGUUUUCCCCUCUCAUCAUUCCUGACGGAAAGGGAGUUUGGGCCCAAAGGCAUGGGAGAGUGGAAUUAGUGGCCUUGUUAACAGGUGUAAAUUCCAGUGAUAAAAACGGCCUUUUUGGGAAACCAGUUGCAAAAUAAAAAGCAUGUCUAUCUAGAAAUGAUGAAGGAGAGUAUCCUACAUAGCCCUCUUCUCCUUUCACAGCUCACUGCACUCCUGUCUUUACCAUUUGAGUAUAUUCUUUACUGACAGUAGUACUGAUAGGCUGUGAUGUGCCUCGUUCUCGUUAGCUGUGCCUCUCUCCCCUCUUUACAAGCUGCAGCGAAAUUUUGUGUAGGCAGAACAAGUGUGACAGUGUGGCACCUGGAAGACUUGUUAUCACUUGCAUCAUGGUCUCUGUUUUGGAGGAAUUCAGGUAUGCUGACAUGCUACACAAGGAACGUUUGAUCAGUGGACAGGCUCAUCUCAUAUAUGAAGCCAAGAGCAGUUUGUUUGGCCAGAGGAAGGAAUAUGAAAGGGGAGUUAGUCCGGGAAACAAAAAAGCCAUUCCAUGAAGAGGCACAAAACAAACUUCACCUUGUGGCUUUCUUUUUUAUCCCUGCUGACUAACAUGCUGCUGUUUUUUUUUUUUUUUUUUUUUUUUUUUUUGUAGCAGUCCACACGCAGUUCUUUAAGUCAGAAUAGACAAAGCGGUGCACCUCACACCAGUUAUCUGGAUGAAGGCAUGGUGCCUCAGGUUACCUAACAGCAAUUGAUUGAAUUCCUCCAAAUCAGAUGUCUGCAGCAUCUCACCAGUAGUAAUAUUGCUCAGUGCUUUUGCAAUGAGUGCGGGAGCACUCACGAUAAACCUGUGCAAUAAUUUCGACAACAGAGACCUGUCACAAAGCCUGCCAAUAUCUAGGAGACUGCUAAAGUUUUGGAAAUAUUAAUUAGCAGAGUGAGAUCAGUUUGAUUUAGCAUUUCGUCUUACACAACUGUAGUUUAACCUAUUCCUUCUCCCCUUAUGAGCCCUGUAGCCAGAUUCUACUGUACUGAAACCAGAGCUCCUAGCAGGAGGCUCACAGGUACGCCAAUUGAAAAGGAAAAAUCUCCUCUCUCAUUUCUGCUUAAAUCUGUGCUUAGUGUUAGCUAAAAGAUCCUUAAGUGUCCAGGUCAGCCUGUUAAGCAUAUAUAGAUAACAGCAAUUACCUGUUUCUUCUUUUCCUUUACAGAAAUCUAUGGAAUAAUUUCCUAGAUCAGAAGUGAGCUUUAUGUGAACAUAGCCCCAAAUGGGGUGUGUUAGUAAACUGCUGCUACAAUCCAGUUGAAAUUAGUUUUUGAGGUCUUGAGAUUAUUUUUGUAUUUAUAAUUCACUAUUAGGUAAAAGAUGAGUCUUAUAUAAAGAACUGUCUGUGACUAUUUUUGUUAGGUAUUACCAAAUAUGUCAUUGCAAGAGUUUGACAGUGUCCCUUUAACACUGCUUGGAUUAAAUAUUUAAAACAAACAUUGUAAGUUUAAAUAUUGCAGCGUUUUGGACAUUUGGAACUGUGUUGCUUUCUUUGUAAAAACUAAUGUAUGUUAACUCAGUUUUCAGUAGGCUGAGAAUUUACAAAAAAAUUCAGCUGGGAAUUUGUGCUCUGUAAUUCGUCAAGACUUUUGUGGUGUCAAACAACAGUUUACACGGACAAAAAGUAUAAUUAAUGGUAAUAAAAGUGUUACAGUUCUA